GAGAAGGAGAGCGUGUCCCUUGGAGAGGGGCGGAGGCGCCGUGGUGCACCACGUGGGGGGGUUCCGCCAGCGCGGAGUCGGUAUCGCUUAGCUUGGGUCCGGGUUGGAUUUGGAAUCGUGGAGAUGCGGAAGGAAACCCCAACCCCGCUCGUGCCCCCGGCGGCCCGCGAGUGGAACCUGCCCCCCAAUGCGCCCGCCUGCAUGGAACGGCAGUUGGAGGCUGCACGGUACCGGUCUGAUGGUUCCCUUCUGCUCGGGGCCUCCAGUCUGAGUGGUCGCUGCUGGGCCGGCUCUCUGUGGUUUUUCAAGGAUCCGAAUGCGGCCCCCAACGAAGGCUUCUGUUCAGCCGGCGUCCAGACCGAGGCCGGAGUAGCUGACCUCACUUGGGUGGGGGACAAAGGUAUCCUAGUGGCAUCUGAUUCAGGUGCUGUUGAAUUGUGGGAACUAGAUGAGAAUGAAACACUUAUUGUCAGCAAGUUCUGCAAGUAUGAGCAUGAUGACAUUGUGUCUACUGUCACUGUCCUGAGCUCUGGCACACAAGCUGUCAGUGGUAGCAAAGACUUCUGCAUCAAAAUUUGGGACUUGGCUCAGCAGAUGUCACUGAAUUCAUACCGAGCUCAUGCUGGACAGGUCACCUGUGUUGCUGCCUCUCCCCACAAGGACUCUGUGUUUCUUUCAUGCAGUGAGGACAGUCGAAUUUUGCUCUGGGAUACCCGCUGUCCUAAGCCAGCAUCACAGAUGGGCUGCAAUGCCUCUGGCUACCUUCCUACCUCCUUGGCUUGGCAUCCUCAGCAGAGUGAAGUCUUUGUCUUUGGUGAUGAGAAUGGAUCUGUCUCCCUUGUGGACACCAAGAAUGCCAGCUGUACCCUCAGUUCAGCUGUGCACUCGCAGUGUGUCACUAGACUGGUAUUCUCUCCACACAGUGUUCCCUUUCUGGCCUCUCUCAGUGAAGACUGCUCACUUGCUGUGCUGGAUUCAAGCCUUUCUGAGGUGUUUAGAAGUCGAGCCCACAGAGACUUCGUGAGAGAUGCUACGUGGUCUCCACUCAACCACUCCCUCCUUACCACAGUUGGCUGGGACCAUCAAGUCAUCCACCAUGUUGUGCCCCUAGAGCCUCUCCCAGCCCCUGGACCCGAGAAUGUUGUGGAGUAGAAUGGAUAUCAGAAAAACAAACAAACAAACAAACAAAAAACCAAGCCCUCCACCUGCAAGAAUCUACUUUCUUGCCCCUGCCUUCUGAUUGUGAGAGCACAGGAGCCUUGUAGAGCAUGUUUACUCCCUAGUCCUGUGCAGUAAAUAGGCAGAGUCUCAGCCUCAGGGAGGCUGCAUCCCAUAGUGACUAGGAGGAAAAACUUCCUUUAUAAAUGGAUGUAUGUGUGAGAGCACAUGUGUAUGAGUAUGUUUGGUAGUUUGGGGUGGGGGAAAUUAUCCUUCAGCUUUCCCAAAGCAAUGUUCUGUAUUCCCCACAAAGUGACCAGAGGGUUUUAUGCUCCCCAAAUCCAAGAAUUGGCUAUUUUGUUUGGCAUAUGGAAUGUGGAUAUCCCUAGAUUCGUGAGUUCUGCUACUCAGAUGGGGUAACUUAUUUUUAUAUAGAGUUUAAUUCAUUAUUAUGGAAAAUACUUCCAUUCACAAAAGUCCAGCCCAUUGUACCUUGAGAGGACAGAAAAAUACUACAAAUCCCUGUUAAGCCGAAUCAAAUCCAUUUUCUGGGUAAAUAAAUUUGGCUGUUGCAAUGUAGUCCUUGCUCACCCUGUACCCUCCUCAUUGUUGUGCAUGAGAGAUAUGAGUGUUGUCCGGUCCUAGAUUUCACAGCAAGUUUUAGGGAUAUGGAGCACUUAAAGGUGUUUCAGUGAAGUCAGAAAACUGACUUGGUUUGUUCCAAAGAAAUGUUUUGUCAUUUUUCCUACCUAAAGAUACCCUGAGGCCUGAUUGCCCCUGGGCACCUUCCUCUGGAGAUAGGAAGUCUAAGUGCUGUAUUUGUGGACUCCUGAGAUUUGAGAUCUAGUAUUAGGGAAACUCAGAAAUACCGAAACUGGUUAUUUUUGCCUCACUUAGGUGAAUCACCAGAGUGUCAAUCUUCCUGCCCACUCUAUUCUACCAUCCCAAAGUAGCUAGUCAGGUUAGAAGUCAAACCUUUAUUCCUCUUGGUGGUCUAGCCACUCCAUUUAGUUCAUGAUAAAUAACUGAUUGUAUUGGAGCUUAGGAUGGCUGGUUAUAUACUUCAGAGAUUUCAAUUAUAGUUUAGGAAAAAGCACAUGAAAUGAGCCGCUUGAAGGAAUAUGGCCUUCCCUUCUAUACUUGCUAGUUAUGAGGCUCGGUUGUGAUUACCCUUGAGUGAAACACUUGAGAAUUUGUAGUCAUGGUCACCCAGGAGUGGGUGGGAGUACGGGUUUCCAUUGCUCGUAAGUUGUGGGGCAAGAAUAAGAUGGGUAGGUGGAAUCACUAUGCUGCUCAGAGAUAAAGCUUGUGUUUUGUGGUCGUUUAGGGAAGAAGGGCAGGUAGUGCAUUUACAUGGCUGGUCUCUUGGACUCAAGACUGAUGGGGGGGGGACGACAAAUAAGACUUAAAAAUGAAGGAAAGAAAAGAAAAGAACCAACUAUGUUAGUGGCUAAAAUGACACUAAAGAGAAACAAGUUGGAAGAACUGUUACUACUUUUCACUAUUUAAAAAUGAAUAGUGGGGUGGAUUAUAGCACUGCUCUUCAGAGAACCUAAGUUGGAUUCCCAGGCUCACAACCACCUGUAACUCCAGAUACCUCUGACCUCCAAAUUCACCAUCACUCACAUGCACAUAAAAAUGUUGAAAGUUUCCUUUUGGGUUUGUAUUGAUAGAAAGUAGUUCACAUUGAUUAAUGCUUGUCACAGAUGUAUGAACCUAGUCAAAGCCACAAGUAAUGACAGACAUAGUUUUUGGAUGAUUGUGUAUUAUAAGCAGAGAAGAUACUUAAGAAUAAAAGACCUGGGAAUAAUCGGGAAUAUAUGGCUGGAGUUGUGGCAGGUCAUUCAUUGUUUUGAGAGUAUUUCCAGUCCUGCAAGGCCCAGUGACCGUGAACAAUGGGGCCAUUUUGUUUGUUGAAAAGCAUUGUUUUCUUCAGGUUGGUAUUACUGUUCAAAUGUCUGACAGGAGUGAAUGCUUUUCCUCAGUCCUGUUAUUCAUACUUAGAAAUCUGUUAGCCUGACUACUCUUGAACUGCUCACCCUUGGCCCACUAAGGUCUGAGACUUGUUCCUAGAGUGGUUAGUUCUUGGGAUGUGAAACACUGAAGGUCUGUAUAGUCUCAGGUGACAUCAGAUAUUACUGAUUCUUUAUGUAUCUCACUGUAGAACAGCUGGUCCCUGGUUCUUUAGUAAAGAGCCAUGUGGCAUUGCUUGUGGCUUACUGUCACAGCUUCAGAAUUGCCCAAAGUCAGGGUCAAGAGAUUGAUCAGUGGUUAGAAGUGCUUGCCAUCAAUCCUGAUGACCUGAUUCUGGGACCCACAUACUGAAAAGGAUAGUAUUGACUCUGCAAGUUGUCCUCUGCCCACCUAUAUGCACAUAAAUUUAGAAAGUACUCAAACUCAAAUUUCUUUGGGCUUCUAUAUUUUUAGUAUAUAAGGAAGGACAGGAUAUUGGGGGAAAGGCCUUAUAGUCUAAAACUCACCAACUUCAUAGGUCAUAACAUUGCUGUUUGUAGAUGGGAGAGUAAAGUGCUCUGGCUUUUAAAAGGUACUGUAUUUGGACAGAAUGAAUGAUGUCUUAUUUUCUUGGUGUUUUGAUAAUUAUCUGGCUUAGCUUUGAGUACACCAAGUAAAUGUGAAUAGAAAAAGACAAGAUAACCUUUAGUGUGUGUGUGUGUGUGUGUGUGUGUGUGUGUGUGUGUGUGUGUGUAUUGUGAAGGCUUAGAGCAUGUAAACAAAGUCCAUGUGUGGGAGAAGCUACAGAGCAUUUGUAUCUAGUCAGCAUGUGUAGUGAGCUGCUUAUUGCCAAUGUGGAUACUACUGGGGGAAAAGGUCAGAACCAGUAAAUUGCUUCUGUUUGGGAAAGGGUAAGCAAGCCCCCCACCCCAACCCCCUGGUUUCAAACUCUCCAGAACUUCAUCUCUAGUCUACACAAUACUGUUGGAAAGUAAGCAGGGCAAGUAGACCACUGUUGAAUAUCCAAACACAUUUCCUUAUGAGGUUUUCCAUGACUGUUGGGCUUUGGACUUCCUAUGGAAACAUGGAUGUUUUAAUCUUUACUGUGUGGUAAUAGGACAGGGACACCCAAAAGGGGCUAAAAGAGGAAUGAGCUUCUGGAAGGGAGGAAUAACUGUUAAGUUACAUAGAAUACAAUGCAUGGUCCUACAGUCUUAGCUUAUGUUUAAUGUGGUCUUCCACUUACUGUGGAAUCCUUAGUAUAAAUGAUAUUCUUGCUGUUCUUUGUGUAAGGAAUAGGCUGUCAAAAUCCAAAAGCUCAGUAAAUAGAGGUUAGUCCCUAACUUACAGUUCUGCUGGAAGCCAGCCAGUAUCACUGAUUGAAAAAUCACUCAUAAUAGAUUUCAGUUACUCCUGUGAUGUUAAGAGGGCCAGAUUGUAGGCAAGCAUUUCAUUUUAGAGGCAUUGUGCUAAAAGCAUUGAGAAUUAGUUUCAAAUGAAAAAUUUCCACUUUGGUAGUAGUUCUCACUUGGGAUCUCAGCAAUGCAAUGAAGAUUGUAGCUGAGAAUACAUUUUAUAUCUACAAGCUAAAUUAGCUUCGGAUUCUGCAGUCUACAAUUUGUCAGAAAUCAUGACAUUGACCAGGCUUAGAAACAUUAAGCUGGGUGUGCCUGUUUUCCCUGGAUGUACAUUUUCUCAUUCUGAAGGCAGGCUUCUUAACUUGUGGAUCUGUAGCUUGGAGAUAGUCAUGGAUCCUUCAGUGAAGAGCUCACACCAUCAGCCUGGGCUAUGAGGGCCUGUUUGAAAAACAAACAAAAGAAACCUGGGACAAUUUGCUUAACUUUUAAAUCCAGUGUUAUAAAAGUCUUUAGUAGUGGCAUGCUCUCAAACAUGUCAGAAUAAAAGACAAGGAACAUGAGCUGUGAAAACAUUGCUUUAUGUGAUAAUGCACAUUUUCUAAUAAACAUUCAAUAUGAAGAUAAAA